AUGGCUCGGGCAGCUUUUCCACUGGUCAUUUUCUCGCCUUCUGGUGGACAUCAUGUAGAUUUUUCGCCUUCCCAUUUUCACUGGACAACAGGUGACCACGUGGACAAUGAAGUGGUUAAGCACACUCGGCCCUGGAUCUGCAGAUCCUCGCAGUGCAAAUGGCCCAUCUUUUUCUCCGUGCUGGCUGUGGUGGCUAUCACUCUUGGUUAUUGGCGCAUAUGCUACGGGUCGACAGGCCGCAAAAAUGGACAAAGACGAUUGGCAAGUAAAUCACCUGGGGUGGGCGACCCCGAGCUGUCAGCUAUACUUGACUGGUGCAGAGGAGAGAGGCAUGCUUCACCCAGCUGCACAUAUCCAACCUCAGACAGUGCAGCCGCCACACCAAAUGCCUCAUUCCACUCCCCAAUACCAGCAACUACUGCAAGCAGGAACGAUGAGCACGUUUCCAAGUGGAGGUCAGGGUUCUCCAGCUGUUUUACCACCACAAUACACAUCGCCACCACAGGCAGUGCAGCCGCCUCAUCCAGAGCUUCCUCCCAGCUAUCACUAUCGGCAUCUGCUGCGGACAGACCAGAGAACUAUGCCUGCAAGUGGGGAGGAUGCGUUCCGUGCCUAUUCAGGGGAAAGGCAGCUGAUGUCAUCUACGGCACUGCCACCACAGGCACAGCAGCCGCCUUAUCGAGAGCCUCAUUCUCAUAUUAUCAGGAUUCGCUGCGGGCUGGCCACACAAGCGCGUUUUCAAGUGGAGGGGGGAUUAUGCGUGCCAUUUUAGAAGGAAGACUGCCGCCACCUACAGCACAGCCACAGGCACAGCAGCCGUACCAUGGAAAUGCUGGUUCCAGCUCCCACUAUCAGCACCAGCUGCAUGCAGGCCAAACAAGCACGGUUACAAAUGAAAGAGAGGGUUCUCAACAACUUCCAGAUGGGAAGCAGCUGUUAUCCCCUACAGCGCUGCCACCACAGGCACAGCGGCCGCCUCAGGAAGACCCUCACUCCACUUCCCACUACCAGCAACCGCAGCAAGCAGGCACGACAAGCACGCGUCCAAAUGGAGGCGAGGCUUCGCUUUCCGCUUUAGAAGGACAGCCGUUGCCACCUGCAGCAUUGCCACCACAGGAACGGGAGCCUCCUACCGGAGAGCCUCAAUCCAGUUCCCACUACCAGAAACUGCAGCAAGCAGGCACGGCAGGCACGUUUGCAGGUGGGAGUGACGCUCUAAAUUCUUCUUCGGAAGUAAGAGGCCAGCUACAAUCACCUAAAGCACUCCCACCACAGGCACAGCAGCCGCAGCCGCCUCAUGGAAAGUCUUAUUCCAGUUCCCAUUACCAAACACUGCUGCAAACGGGCACGACAGACACAUUUUCAAGUGGAGGGGAGGGUUCUUCAGCUGGAGAGGGGAGGCAGCCGUUACCAGCUACAGCAUUGCCAGCACAGGCACUGCAGCCGUCUCAUUCCACUGACCCCUAUCAGAAAUUGCAGCAAGCAGGCGCGACAACCACGUUUCCAUGGGGGAAUGCUUCGCAUCCCUCUGUAGAAGGAAGGCACCGGUUGCCCUAUACAGCAUUUCCACAACAGGCGCAACAGCCGCCUCAUGGAGAGCCUCAUUCCAGCUCCCACUAUCAGCAUCAGCUGCGGGCAGACCAAAUAGGCACGUAUCCAAGUGGAGGGGAGACUUCUCAUCUUUCCGGAUUCCCACGCCCUAGUCAACACCACCCAUGGCUUAACGCAGAAAGGGAGCAGCGCCAAGUGAUGUGGCCUGCCGUUUCUUUGGAGGCAAGAGACCCUUCGUCACAUGGGCCGGCGCCUCCGCAAGCAUUGGGCCCUUCCAUUGUGCCUCCUCUGAGAGGCAACUUACGUACUGCAGAGGGAGGAGUGUCCAACCCCACUGCAGUUUCUUGGGCAAGCGACGUGCGCUCAGUUCAGGGACUGAAUGAGCAUGGUCCGUACCCAGGUAAUUCUGCAAGUUUUCCCCCUCGCGUAGCCCAGUCUGGUGAAGGCGCGGACCAGUUGUUUGAAGAUGGCUUCUUGCAGGCCCAGCAGCCUGGUGUAUUCCCUGGAGCUCAACUGAGCUCAGAUCAAAUGCAUUCUUCGCAGCUUUCUUCGGGUUCAAAUCAGAAGAGGCCUUUGGAAGAGCUUGACGCCGGCAGUUCACACGAUAUGUCCGUCUCCCCAAAGAGGCAGAAAACGCAAAUAUAUCUGGCGAUAGAGCUUGUGAACGACAAAUUCGCGUCUGGCGAUACUGCUGAGCCUCAAGCUACAACCACGUCAGAAAAUCCGGGAACUUCAGACAUCAGCUAUUCGAUGCAGCUGUCUAGCAACAUUUCUGCAUCUCAGGUCCAAACGGAUGCUGCACAAGCAGAUGAUGCGGAGAUCACCAGUUCAUCUUCUGAACCACCCACUGGGCAAGCAUGCCCCUCUUACAGCGAGGCUUUCAUUGCGCAUCCAUUUUACAGACUGCCAAAACUGUCUCCUGAAAUUAAAGUAAGGCAAUUUUCCGCGGAGAAAGCCUUUUCACGCGGCAAUUUGAUUUCUCAAGCUUCAGCAGUUUUAGGAUGGAUUCGUUCACUUUUGGUCAAAGAAGAGCUAUCGGAAAGAGACGUAAACGAACUUAUUGCCGCCACAGAGCGUGCUGUGUGUCAUUUAUUUUAUUUUCACCAGUCACCUAUUAUAAAGCUUGGCGCCGCUCAAGCUGCCAUGGUUUUGGCGCGCCGGUAUCUUAUGUUAGAUGCUGUUGUCAGUGUCAUGCAAGUUGUAGGGCCGGCGAUGGUUGCACAUCAGUGGUGGCCUGAGCUUGCCGCUGCGCUACCAACAACACUGUAUUUCGGAUAUACCCAUUCACCAUACAGGAGAACGAAAGCUCUCGAGGAACUUGCGACGAGGCUAAGUACGGCAGUAGAACUGCUAAAGAAGUGCAUUCGACCCUCGCCGCAGGAGACUGUUGAACUGAAGCGAGAGCUUUUUUGUAGGAAAUCGUCUCCUCAGUGCUUCAUGGGGCUUCAGUGGGAAGCUUGGCGAUUGGAUGACGGAAUUUGA